AUUUCGAGGAAGGGAUGCAGUUGCUGAGGCUGCGCAGGAGCCGGGUUACCUAACAAUGCCAAUGAUGAUUAAGAAAAAUGUUGAUACAUCUUCAAAGAAGCCAUCUUUCUUUGAAAUAUACAAAGCACGAUGCAGUGAUUCAGGUACCAUUUACCUUUGAAAAGCCUAGACAUCUAUUAAAAAUAUACUGCUUUAUGUAAACUCUUAAAUCAACUGUUUGAUUAUAGGUAUCGUUCAGAUGUUUGGGUUAUUUACUUCAUUGUUUCAGUCCAUAUUAUUCCUACUGCAAAGCUGUAUAUCGUAAUACAAACAUUCCUGCAUUUGUACUGCCCACGUGUAUAAUCAAACCAUAAAAGAGAUUUAUGCAGAUAUGAAGUCAAAGGCUUUCACGGCCGGCGUCCAUCAUUUUUUUGUGAGUUUUUCCGAGCUUUGUGGCCAUGUUCUGGAAGAAUUUAUUCCUGACGUUUCGCUCACAUCUGUGGAUGGCAUCUUCAGAGAAUGCAAAAUAACUGAUAUGUAGUUCAUACAGUGCAAUACCUAUUCAUUGUAAAACGCCAUGUACCACAAAGCUGUUAUAGAAAUCAUAAGAAUGACAAUAGUGGUAAAAACAGCAACUAUAUAUUACAGUAUGCUGUCUUCGAUUCUGAGCCAAAAUGUAUAGGUUUUUAAUGCAAAUUAUAUUAGUUGAGGUGGUAUAAUAAUAGGUUCAGAAUAGGUGUGGAAGAGAAAUUAAACUUAUCUGUGAAAAAAAUCCAUCAACAGUAGCUAGUAUUUGCUGAGUUGUGGGAGAGCCUUCUUUGGUGGCUAACUGCAUGAUGUGUAGUUUAGCCCUCAGUCAAAGGUUGUUUUUCUGUCUGUAUUUUAUGUUGGAAGCUGUUGAUUUUUUUCAUAACACCACAGCUGAAUGGUGAAGAGCUGUAGCUUCAUUGAUGCUGGAUUUUAGCUAAUAUUUGCAUGAGUAUGUGACUGCUCACACAGCUGAUCUUUCUCUCUUGCUCUCCCCCUGUAUGCCACCUCCAAACCCCCUCUGAAGAGUCAGUGAGAGCAUUGAGCAUUGUAAAGUGUUUGCAAAAGGUGAGGGCAAGUGUCUAAAAUUGGACACAGGGAUCUUGUUCUGAGUGUGAGAGAGAAUAUGAAGGAACUGAACAAUUUUUUAAUCUUAGUUAUGUGUUAAUCUUUAAACUUGUAUUUUUGGUCGUGGUUAUGUGUUAAACUUUAAACCACUUGAAAGGAAAAAGGAACUUGUUGACUGUUUCCUCAUGUCUUCCCCACACAGUGGACCCUUGGUAUCCUCUGGGGUUUCCACAUAGGAUACCAAAAUUCAUUGAAUGCUCAAUUCCCAUUAUAUACACCAAUAUGUCCUUUAUAUAAAAUGGCAAAAUCAAGCUUUGCUUUUUGAAAUGGGUUGGGGGGGUAUUUUAAAGCAAUGGAUGGCUGAAUCAGUGGGUGCAGAAUCAGUGGAUAUGGAGGGCCAAUUUUCUUUUCUGUUUACUGUUUCCCUAGAUUGACUUAUUGGCAUAUUCUUGAGCAUGGUAUAUGAAAAACCAAGAUGUAAAACUGACAUUGUAAUUGGCAAGAUUGAGGAUACAUUAUUAUUUUUCUUUAGGAAGAGGUUAUUCUUUCUGCAGAAAUUUUAGGUUGAGAAUUAAUUAUAUUAUGCUGUCUUGGGAUAUCUCAUCAAACCUGCAAAACUGACAAGUUCAAGAAAAUGGUAUAUGGUGUGUUGUAAUUUAUAAGCAGGCUAUUGUCAAUUUUGUAGUAGUACUUUCUUACAUAUAUUAUUAAAAUCUACUACAUGAUUCUCUGAAUAACGUUGUUCUUUUUAGACUUAGGGCCAAUAAGUAUUAACUGGUUUGAAGAACUCAGUUCAGAAGCUCCACCUUAUGACUCUAAAAGACCAGAGUAUGCUGAUCAUAAAACCAACAGUCUGGAUCGAACAAUUUUUAAAACACCAAAGAUAAAAAAGUUAAUGAAGCCAUUACUACAGCAAAAAAUGUGGAUCAAUCAAAUGAAGCGGUGGCUCCUUCCAGUGCCUGUCUCCUUGUAAGUCCAUCUGGUUUAAGAGAAGCAAGCAGAACACCACCAAACAACAAAUGUGGGCUAAGCAGAAGUUUGCUUUGUACACCAAAGUUUUUUGAGGUAGAAAUAUCAAAAGGCAUUUCUGUGAGCUUGGGAGCAGAAGCAGAUCCUGAUAUGUCUUGGUCAAGCUCAUUAGCAACACCACCUACACUUUCUCCAACAGUUAUAAUAGAUAGAGGAAAUUAUUCAAUUUCUGGAACAAAACAACAUAAUGAAACAAUAGAGUUGAUUGAGUAUAGUCCUUUCUUCAAGUCUGACAGAAGUCUCAAGGUGAAUAGAAUAAAUAUGGAAUCUGCAGCAAGAAUUGAAGAUGUACGUGCAGAAGCUGACAGCAAAAUUCAUAGACGUAUUUCAACAUCAACUGCUACUAAUAGUAGAGGAUCUAUGAAGUCAAGUUUGAAAACUAUCAGCUCAAUUUCCAGUUUAAGAAGACGACCCAAAAAAUUUAUUUAUACAGUAAAUAAUACUCCAGCUUAUCAUGAAGAGGGAGCCGCUCUUGGAAAUGGAACAUCUGCAUGCCUUGUGUCAAACUGUACAGAUUUUAAAUCUUGUAUCUCUGAAGUUUCUGAAACAACUAUUAGGAAUGCAGAGAAAACGGAAGAACAUUCAAGCACUAAUAAGUAUGGUAUUGGAGAAAAACAACAAAUAGGCGCUGAUAAAAGUUGCAUUCCUACAAAUAUUUUUCAUGAAACUUCAUGCAAUGAAAAUUUGAAAGCUGAAAGUGAUUUUACAGAUAUGCCAUCAAUAUGCCUACAGACAAAUAACAAAAAAGAAACGGUUAUUGUUCCCAGUCCCAUAGUUGUUUAUCAGCAGACAGAGUCAAGUAAAAACAAGUUUCCUGGAAUUUGUCACAUGGAGAAUUUAGAUAAAGACUGUGGUGGAAACAAUGUUAGCCUCACAGAUUUUAGUUCAGUCCAAGAAGCCAUUCUUGAAGGAUCUGCUGUGGCAAUGCUAGACUCAAAAAAGGAAAACAAAGAAAGAGCUUUGGAAUUAGCUGCACAACAUUCGUUGACAGGUGAUACUCAGAUGGCUGAACAUGGGUGCUGGUCAAAGACAGACCCCACAAAUAUAAAAGAACUGUCUAUGGUUACAGUUUCAGAGAACAACUUAGAGAGAAGACAGAGCCUUUCACUUGAUUUAAGGGAAAAUGCAACCAAUAGCAAGCAGAAAAGAUUAGAAUGCAUGAUGGACAGCAAAACCAAAAGCUUUGGUGGCUUCAAAACAGCAUCAAACAAAGAGAUAAAACUGUUUGAUAACAACAUUAGAAAAGGCAAGUUGCUGUUUAGUGACAUUGAAGAACAGUUUCUUGAUGAUUUUCCUGGUGAUGAAGUACAAAAUGCUUCAAAUAAAAAUGCAGAUGAAAAUGCUAAGACUUCUUUAAUUCGGAGAAAUGAGUUGAAUGAAAAAUCAUCUGAUUUGUCAUAUGUUUCUGAUUCACUAAUGAACCUUAUUCAGUUAAGUGAUACCCAAAGUAGUUUUUCUGAUUGUGCCAAUAGGACUUUUCAGAACAGGUUUAAAAAUCAGGAAACUGAAGAAAAACAAAAUUUAACAGCAAGUCAAGAAGCCGAGGUUGCUGAGCUUUCUAAUAUACUGGAGGAAACGGGUAGUCAGUUUGAAUUUACUCAGUUUAGAGAACACAAGACUAUGUUGUAUGAUAAUACAUGUGAGGUGUCUGGAAAGUGUGAUCAAAAUAAUAUAAAUUCUGAAGUUUGGAGUGAUACUGAUUUUGAGGAAGCCUUUAGUGAAAAGGUUCAAAGAAGUGAUGAUAUGUCUCCUAAUAAGCAUAUAGACAUACCUGUCGAAUCCAAGAUACAGUCACAGAGCAAUGCAGAUAAUACAUUGAUGAAAUCAUCAAGCAGAAAACAUAUCCAACAUUUUGUUCCAGUUAUUUCAGCAUCUUUGGAGUCUGGUGUUUGGGGUUGUAGUUCAUCUGAAGGCAAACAGAUAAAUAUGUCUGCUGAGAUUAUAAACAAAAUUUCAAAACCAAUAAUGGAUUGUGAUAAAGUGGAUGAAAUGCUUAACCCUUACAAAAUAACUUGUCAAUGUAACUCUUCAAAUGAUAAGUGGGGAAACCUCAACUGUAAGAAAGAAAUAAGCGCUGAUUUGCAUCAGAGAGCCAAAGAAAUAAAUCUUAAAUAUAUGAUGAAAAAUAAUGCAAAAGAUACCAAUAUCUAUAUAAAAGAACACACAGAAAAUAAAUCAAGAGCUGUAAACCUGAAUAAAAUUGUUCAGGUUACUAGUACUACAGAAGUUAACCUAAAAAUUGUUAAAAAAUACUUUGUUCAUGUGACAGGAAAUGAAUUGCCAUGUUCUGAAAAUAAUCACAGUGCACUAGGCACACCUCGUUUAUCAGGCCGCGGAGACACUCUGUGUAAUUACAGUUUGCAAGAAACAUUGUCAGAUAUGACAUGUUUAGGUGACGUUGCUAAAACUGAAAAAAACCCUGCACAUAGUAAUGCAGAUGAAAAAGAAAACUUUAAUUCAAACCAGGAAGGGGAAAUGAUCAAUAAUUCAGAAAGUGGCUAUUUACUACUAAAAGUUGACACUGUUGCUGAUGGAAACAUAGUUGCAGAUGAGAGUAAAAUGCUUCAUUUGUUGACUGGUUCCUGUUUAGGGGAAGAACUAGGUGGGACACCAGGCACUAGGAGCAAUAAAAGAGCAAUUGCUUCCAUGAAAAGAGAGGUUGUUUUAAGUCAGAAUGACAUGUUAUUUGGCUCCCGUGAUCCAGAAAUUUAUGAAACCAGAAAAGAAAUGCAGAUUAGUGCAGUAGGAUUCCAGACGGCUAGCGGUAAACAAAUUGCUAUUACUGAUGAAUCUUUAGCUAAGGCGAAGCAUCUUCUUUCAGAAGAAACUUUUUCCCCAGGAAAUCAAAAUGCUGUAGCUCUACAUCCUAAAGAUAAUUUUGAAGAGCCUGUGGAUAUAUUGUUAGACACUGAGAAGCUUAAAACUACUAAAGAACUGCCUCUGGACCUGAGUGCUGUGGAGUCAGAUUUGAUAUGUUGUACUAAAAAGGAGGCCAUGUAUACUGUAAAUGAAGACUUGUUGGCAAAUGACAAUCUGGACCAAAUUCCAGGCAAAAAUGUUUCAAAAACUCUUUUCAUUGAUUCUGAUACAUAUCAUGAUUUAUAUGUGGAGGAGUUGGGUACUUAUUCGAAGCAAGUUCUUGAGUGUUGGUCAUCUAGAAAUAAAAGUAAUGCAUCAGUUGCUAGCAGUAAUAAAAAUCUUGAAUCUUUGGCUUUGCCUUGUAAUGCUACUACAGAAACUAAUUACAUUGAUUUAAAAAGUAGGCAUUCCACACUGCACCAUUCUCAAGAUGCAAGCAAUGAGAAAGAGUCCCUCCCACAGGAUUUGGCUUGGAUUUCUGAAGAACCAACUUCAUCAAAAAUCUUUAAUGCAGAAAAUAGUUUUGGAGAAAUUCCAAAAAAUAAAAGUGCUGAUAAAAAACUGUUGAAUACCAACAGCUUACACAAAAAUUCAGCAAGUGAAGAAGCAGACUCAGUUUCAAAAGUAUUGAAAGCUAGGCCGGGUGCAUUCAGUACAGCAAGUGGUAAAACUGUCAGAGUUUCAGAAGAAGCAUUAAAAAAGGUCAAACACUUAUUUGGUGAAGACAGCUGUAAAUCCAUAAAACAGGACAUGAAAUCUCAAUCUAAAACCAGUGAACAUAAUAUCCUUGAAAGCUGUUCUGAUGCCUUGGGCAGUAGAGAAUAUGUUCCAAUUUGUAAUUACUUAGGUGUGGAGAAAAUUACUGUGGAAAACUCAGGUGCAUCUCAGUGUCCUACAGCCAAAGAGCACUGCGAAAGGGACCAAAAAUUACAGCAUAGCGCAUCUGCAUCCUCGAAUGUUGUGUCUGAGUCAAGUUGUCAGACUGUGAAUAAGUGGUCUGAUACAAAGCCUUCUAACAAGCUUGGUUGCAGCAAGUCAGACUUUUCUAUAGAUAAUUGUGGUUUUUUUAGCACAGCAAGUGGCAAAGCUGUCCAGUUAUCUGAAGAGUCAUUGAGGAAAGCAAGACUGCUUUUUUCUGAAAUUGAAAAUGAUUCAUUGGGUCAUCAAACUCAUGUAUCAGAUUGUGAUGACAGUUACUGUAAAAUAUCUUCUGUCAGGAACAAAGGCAAUCAAAACAAACCUCUCAUACCCCAAGGGAAAAGGCUUCCAAAUGCAGAAGUGGAUUCAAAUAUUUCUUGUGGCUUUAGCACUGCAAGUGGAAAACAAGUUCACAUCUCUCAAAAGGCUCUCCAGAAUGUUACAGAGCUCUUCAAAGAAUUCAGUGAUGAUGUCAGUAGUAAUGGUUUCUUUGUUGAUCAACAGAAUUUGGGGCAAGGUCACAUUUCAUCAAUAAAAGAACCUGCUACAAAAAUGAUAGUGGAGGAUGAAAUUGCAUCAGAAUCUAAGCCACAGGAUAGAUGUAAUACUCUUUAUUUAACCACAAAUAUUCCUGAUGAAAAUAAUUCUAAAAACCCUUUGAGCAUUAAAAUACCCAUGUGUGUGUGUGGUACUCAGAAAUGCAAGCAUCUUUUAGAACCAGAAAAAUCUUUUUCAUAUUCUAAAGAAACUAAACCUUUGAAGACAACCCAAGUGCGCCUGGGAAAAUCAGAAACAAAAAACUCAGCAGCACAUGAUACUGCAGCAGAAGGAAAUCCUUAUUCUCAUUGUCACAUUUAUUCUCAGAUUCCAGAAGAUUAUUUGGAAUUAGAAGUUUCCGAAAGUGCCAGAGCAUUCAUGGAAGAUGAUGCUCUCACUGUUUCAGAAGUAGAAAAAAAUAAAAAAGCACUUGUCUUGAAUUCUGAAAAAAAUAAUUUUUAUUCAUAUAGAAGGACUGGGAAAAGAUGCAUGGAAAAAGAAAACACGUUUGGAGAGCCUCCUAUUAAAAGAAAAUUGCUACCUGAAUUUGAUCAGUCAGAAAGAUCAUCUCUGAAAGCCUCAAAAAGUUCUCUGGAUGGUACCAUGAAUGACAGAAGAACCUGUAUAUCUAGUAUUUCUUUAAAGCCAGUAUUCUGUGGCCCUUCUAGCAAAGAACGGCAAGAGGUUCUGAAUCCAAAUUUUACUACCCCAGGCCAAGAUCUGAAAAUGUCUAAAUUGGAUCGACUUCAACAACAUAUUACAAAACACUCUUCAAGUAGAUCUUCAUGUCUUUUCCAGCCGUUUAGUAAGAGCUUUAGAGAAGAAAGCAAAAAAUCAGAAAAUCCAACAGCAAAGAAACCUAUCAAAGUGUUUGUACCACCUUUAAAAAGACAAUCAAGUGCUUCUGAGGAUGGAAUUAAUAGUAAAGAAUCUUUCUGCCUGAGUAACAACACUGUUCCUGGGACAGAAGACCUAAAUUAUACCGAAGUUCAUGAAACCUUCAUUCAGCCACAGAAGGAAAAUUGCAAGACAAUAUCAGCGAUAGAUUCAGAAUUCAGAGAAACAGAUUCAGAUUUAACAGAAAUCAUUACAAGCCUUCACUGUGCCAGAAACCUACAAGAAAUGAGGAUUCUGAAGAAACAGAAGAAAGUCAUUGGCCCACAGCCAGGCACCCUGUAUCUCAUAAAAACAUCUGCUGCAUCUUGCAGAAUCUCUCUGAAAACUGCAGUGGAUGGGAAAUUUCCUGGUUCUUACCGUAGUGAGCAGUUGUAUGCAUUUGGUGUUUCCAAGCAGUGCCUAAAUAUUAACAGCAGCAAUGCAGAAGAUUUUCACUUUGUCAUCCAGGAUUUUUUCAGUAGAGAAUGUUUCCUAGAAGGACAUGGAAUCCAGUUGGCUGAUGAAGGUUAUCUUAUUCCCAGUGAUGAUGGAAAAGUAGGAAAAGAAGAAUUCUACAGGGCUUUGUGUGACACACCUGGUGUAGAUCCGAAGCUAAUUUCAAAAUCCUGGGCCUGCAACCACUAUAGGUGGAUCAUAUGGAAACUUGCUGCCAUGGAAGUUGCAUUUCCACAGGAAUUUGCCAGCAAAUGUUUGACACCAGAAAGGGUACUACUUCAGCUGAAGUACAGGUAUGAUGUAGAAGUUGACAAAAGUUGUCGGUCAGCCAUCAAAAGAAUAACUGAGAGAGAUGAUGUUGCCGCUAAAACACUCAUCUUGUGCAUUUCUAGAAUCAUAUCAGUAAGCACAAAUAUGCCCCACAUCUUUGGCAGCAAAAGCACUGCUGAGGAAAACAAAAGAGAUGUAGCCAUAAUUGAAGUUACAGAUGGCUGGUAUGGAAUUAGAGCUGUUUUAGAUCCCUCUCUUCAGUCACUGUUGUAUAAACAGAAAUUGACUGUAGGUCAGAAGAUUGUCACACAUGGAGCAGAACUUGUGGGGUCUCAGGAUGCAUGCUCUCCACUGGAAGCACCAGAAUCCCUUAUGCUAAAGAUUUCAGCUAACAGUACUCGAUGUGCCCAAUGGUAUGCCACAUUAGGAUAUUAUCGGGAUCCCCGGCCAUUCACAUUACCUUUGUCAUCACUCUUCAGUGAAGGUGGAAUUGUUGGCUGCAUUGAUGUUAUUAUUCAGAGGAUUUAUCCCACACAGUGGAUGGAAAAAUUAUCCACAGGGUCCUAUGUAUUUCGUAAUUGUCGAGCUGAAGAAAGAGAAGCUACAAAGCAUACUGAGAACAGACAAAAAACUCUAGAAGCAUUGCUUGCAAAAAUACAAGCUGAAUUUGAAAAGAAUAAAGGAGAAGGCAAAAGAGUUUUGCGAUCGCGCACAUUAACCAGGCAACAGAUUCGCUCUCUACAAGAUGGUGCUGAGCUUUACGAGGCAGUUUGUAAUGCUGCUGAUCCAGCUUACAUGGAGAGCUAUUUCAGCGAAGAACAAUUAAAAGCUUUGGCUAUCCAUAGACAAAUGGUAAAUGAUAAAAAAAGAGCACAGAUAGAAGAAGAAUUCAGGAAGGCUGUGGAAUCUGCUGAGCAAGAUAAAAACAGUUCCUGUAGAAGGGAUGUAACCACUCUCAUUAAACUACGAAUUGUGGAUCACAGAAAAGAAGAAAAAGGAAAAGAAGUUACAUUGAACAUCUGGCGCCCAUCAUCACAUGUCUGUAGCCUCCUAAAAGAAGGAAACCGAUACAAACUCUUCCACGUAGCAGCAUCCCCAUCGAAAGGCAGGUCAGAAGCUGCCACUAUACAGCUAACAGCAACCAAGAAAACUCAGUAUCUACAGCUGCCAGUGUGUCAAGAGAUUCUGUCACAAGUUUACAAACCAAGGGAGUGUCUGAAGUUCAGUGAGCUACUGCUGGAAUCUUUCCAACCUGCUUGUUCUGAAGUGGAUCUGGUGGGAUAUGUUGUUUCCCUCGAGAAAGGGACAGGCUUUUCUACAUUGGUGUAUUUGUCAGACAAAGAUCAUAAUCUAAUAGCAGUCCACAUCUGUACAGAUCUUAAGCAGUUUGCUGUUGAGGACAUAAUUAUUCCUUCUGUGUUGAUCUCUGCAACCAAUCUUCAGUGGAGACCUAAAUUCCACUCAAAUGUUCCCACUUUAUUUGCUGGUGAUCAUUCUACAUUCUCCUCAAAUCCAAAGGAAACCUAUCUUCAAGGAAUAUUUAAUGAACUGAGAAAUACUGUACAGAGUAAUAGCUGCUUUAGGAAAGAUGCACAAUGCAAACUGGCAACUUUACUCCAAACCGAUGGUCCACAAGUGAUAAACUUGCCCAGAGAACAUGACUUUGCUCCAUUUCUUUCUGCUUGGAAAUCUGAUGCAGGAAAUAAACAUUUGAUUGCAACUCCUAACAGAGAGCUAAGACUUCAGAGCCCUUUGGCACUUAAAAAGCUAAAUACAAAGGCAUCAGGUUCUCUGUGCUCAACAAAAGUGAAACCAGAAUUACAUGAAACUCCUAAGAACUCUAAAAAGAGAAAAGCAAUGGAUUUGCUCAGUCAAGUACCUUCUCCUCCACCAGUGAUGCCAAUUUGCACAUUUAUUUCUCCAUCUUUGAAAAGAGCAUUUCAACCACCUCGAAGCUCUGAUACACAACAUGAAAGAGUGGUGAAAAAACCUGAAUGUAUGGUUGGAAAACCUGCACUGAAAAGAUCAAAUGAGUCUAAUGUUCAUCUUGAAAACUAUUUUGUUGCUGACGAAGAGCUUGCAAUGAUAAAUACACAAGCUUUCUUAAAUAACAUUACAGAAGAGAGAGGUUGAUUUUACAGAUAAAACUGCAUACAUCAUACGGUGAUUCAUCUUCUGGAAAAGACAAUACUGAAGGACCACA